AUGUUAUUGUUCCUUGACACAGGUUCCAUGUUAAACGCCAUGUUUUCAGGAAGAUUUGAGACAAAACCCGGCGAGGAUGGAUCUUACUUCAUUGAUCGAGAUGGAACACACUUCCGAUACAUCCUAAAUUAUCUUCGCACGGGGGAACUUAUCGUCCCCAAUGAUGAGAUCAUUCGCAGAGAGCUACUGGCAGAAGCUAAAUUUUAUCAAGUUGAAGGAAUGAUAAACGAGCUGGAACCAAAGCCAACGGCAGAUCUAGUCCCGAAUGUAGUUCAACCGUUCAAAGAUUCAUUGAUUCUCUCGUCCAGUCAGGGCCAGACUUUGAUGAGUUGGUUAAAGAACACCUCGGGCUUUCCUAAAACCAAUGAGCAGUUGUUGUACCGAGCUUCUAGAAACGGUUGGGCUGCUUCCAACUUUCACUCCUGUUGUGAUAACAAGGGACCAACAGUUACAGUGGUAAAGAGUGGAAAUUACAUCUUUGGAGGAUAUACUGAGCAAAGUUGGGAUGGUGAGUUCUUAACAAUAAUAACCUUGUUCUCUUCUCUCAGUUUUUCUUAA